ACUGGACGCACGUCAGGGAUGCGGGUCGAGUGUGACUGCGAAUGGGCAUUGUUUGCGCAAAGCAAUUUCCGCUCAUUUAAGUCGUGCGCUGCUCGUCUUCGCGAUGAAUUCUCCGUCUUCAGCUCCGCGCUACAAUUGCAAUUCUGAUUGCUGAUAUGUCAGGACGACUACAUAAGAUCAUAGCCUCAGCCUCAGCCUUGCUGCAGCUUUCGAACGCUAAGCUCGCGGAUCCAACUAUCACCGCUCCUGCUGUGCUACCAAGGCAAAAUAGCGAUGCCUUCAUUGGGUACCUUGAGUUGAGCAACACCUGGACUAGCAUUAGUUGCAACUCCGGCCUCACAUGGUAUCAAAGCGGACAGUAUGCUCAGUGUUGUCCAGAGACCGAAACCCAUUGCUACGCGCCGACAGCGUGUGUUGGAGGAUCGCAAAUCUAUACAUAUCCAGACAGCUCAAGUGUGAGAACAAUUGCUUGUACCGAAAACUACCAGAACGCUGCGAUUUCAAUAUGCAAUACCAUCUUUAUCUUCGAGAAUACCCAUGACUCUAAUCCUCGAACGAACAUCAACUGCGGAGACUCAAGCGCAAACUGGUCCUAUUACCGGGAUGUCCCACUGGAGGCGACUGCUACAACAAGCUCGAUACCAGGAGCCACAACCAGCACUCCAGCGCUGCCAACUCAGGCGUCUGAACCCGAACCAGGCUCCAAAGCAUGGAUUGCAGGAGUCGUCAUUGGCCCAAUACUUGGCCUUGCACUUGUAGGAGCUGGUGUUUGGUUCUUUCUGCGCCGCAAAAGGAAGGCUGUGCAGUUGCCUCAGCACAGCAGCGGGGCACACAUCGACUCGGAUUCGCCACCAGCAGGCGUUGAAGGCUACACUGAAGCAAGGCCUCAGUCCUAUCCGGCUCAGCCGACACAUUACAAUUUACCCGGACAAUCGGGUCAAUAUAGGUAUCCUCAGCAAGGCGGUUUCUCGCCUGUGCCCCAAUACGGCUUUCAGUCUGCGUAUAACGCAACUGCAGACCCACAACCAGAAGCGUACACUCACAAUACCAAACGCGAAGGUAUCGGUGGUACUGCAGAGCUUGCUGGCAAUGACACUGGCAUUGCGCGAACUGCGCCUUCGCCACUGGUCGCGGUUCCGGUCUCUGAGCUGAGUGGUGUUGAUGCGAGACGGCUUGGGCAAGAGGAAUUCGACAGCAACAAGCCACAAUAAGCAAGCAGAUCUGGAACGGACGAACUACUGGCCUGGCUCUGAAAUUGGCAGACUGAAAGAGAAUAUGCCUGUGCAAGGCAUCACUGUAACUCCUAGGCCUUCAUACGUUUCUCGAUUG